GUGCAGAUACGUUUAAUACAUUCUUGAUACAAUAAACAGAUUGGACUAAGACCAGUUGCAAUGUGGGAAAUUCGUUAGACGUAAUUUGAAACAAACUCUUUCAAUAAACUUUAAUAAAAAUGAUUUAUCCUUGUUUUCAGUCUAAAAACUAAUAAUUUCAAUAGCAAUUCUCUUAAAAAGUGACGUGUGGAUAUAUGCUGCAGCGACAAGGUAGUAAAUUGAUAGAAUAUGCAUGACCUCUAGAUUUAUGAAAACAUUGCUUAGCUUUACUUAACUCCUGCACCUAUACUUCUCACUUAUCAGUAGCAACAUGGAGUUCCCAUACGUUAGCACAACAAUCUUAAUCAAAAGUCAUAGUCUUGGUCUCCAAGUUCUCUUCUAUCUUCUUCUUCUUCUCGUCACCAUGUUUUGUCUGUACAAUAUAUUGAAACAACAAAACAAUAAGAUUUCUGAGCUAGAAGAAAAGCUGAGAGAAAAUGAACUCAAAUAUAAGGAAGUAAUCAAAUCUGCUGCUGAGUUAGAGAUCACAACUGAAAACCUAAAGAAGGAAACCGAAGAGAUAAAUAAUUUAAAAGAUGUCCUUGAAAUGGAAACCGCUCUAAUGAGGAUUACCAAUGAAAAUCUGGAGACUGAGAAUGCAGUAAUUACAAGUCUAAAUCUGACAGUGGAACAGGAUAUAACUAAGAUGUUAGAUACAUUUGAACAGAUGGAGCAGGAAAGGCAGCAGAUGAAAGGGGUUUUAGAGAAGGCUGAAAAAGAAAAGAAUGCGAUUCUUAAACAUCUUGAGAAGCAAGUGAAUUGUUCCGUCUGUCUUUGCUCCCCAAGGACGGCUAGAAUUCCAGUUUGCAGGAAUGGGCACACCACUUGUGACACUUGUACAAGAGACACCUGUCCCAUGUGUAGAGUGAGAAUGGAACCUGGGAUGUUUUCUCCACUAGCUCUGAGUAUUACAGACCUACUGGAGUAUCCUUGUACCAACCUGGAGAAGGGUUGCCAGGUUAGGCUGAAGAAGGUUGAUAUAAGCGAGCACGAGGCUGAGUGUUGGUAUAGAGAGAUACAGUGCCCGGACUGUGGUGAAAUGAUCCAAGAGGAGAUCUUGUCAGAUCAUUAUAUUUCUUUUCAUACAGAAUUUAACGACUAAAUGACAAUACACCGUUCCAACUUCUUACCGGAAACAUUUAACAGAUUGUUAGUUAUUUAUAAAUUUGUCUGCAUAUGUCCCUAGUAUUCUAUUCAUAAUUCAGAAAAAAAUGUUCGUAUUUUU